GCAGAGCUGCAGGCAAGCAUGUUGGAGUCGAGAGCACUGCAUUUCAGUGUCAUGUCAGCAAGACAGCUUGUCACAAAGCCCUCGGUGCUGUGCUUCCCCUCUUCCUUUCAGAAAUAUUAUGCGCUUGUAACACAGGGUUAGGUACUAGGUGCUCUUUCCUCGCCUGCUGAAUCGGCGCUGGCGAGAAGGUUAUGACUUGGCCGCUUCGUUUCCUGUCGAUUGUGGUCAAACAAGUCAGUGAAACUAACGGCUGCGUUUUGCACUCCUUUGAAGGGGAUGAGAAGGGGUACAGUUGCUGUUGUUGUUGGCCACACUGUUGCAGUCGAGCACAGCGUUGAAUUACGGCCACAUCUCCGGCACCGCAUUUUGGUUAAUUGCUCCGGCUUUGGGUGCAGGAUGGCAUCUUUGCCGACCUCAGGUUCUGCUCUCUUUACAGGUUAGGUUUCGCAGCGAUACCCCCGCGCUCCCGUCGCCUCGCUCAUCAGAUCACCAAAUUUGUUCUCCUCUCCUCCUUGAUGAGGUUUUGAAAUCAAUGCCAUCUGGUCGGGGACUGUGGGCUGAAAGUGUAGUGUAGGAGAAGGUGCGCACUGCGCACGGUAUCACAUGCACCGGGGUCUGUAUGCGUGGAUGUCGUCAAUUGCACGAUAGCCAUGGGCAGUCGGAAAAACAUACGGAAUUUCGCUCCUGGUACUUUGAGAUCAGCUCCGUUGCAGUGCUUUGCCGGCGUUUGAGGAAGUUGAUAAAUAUACGGCAGAUGUUCUCAUAUCGUCCCAGAUGUUCCCAUCUCUGAUGUGGUCCCAGAUAGUCCCAUCUCUCUCAUGUGGUCUCUCCAGGCGGUCCCAUCUGUCAUGUGGUCCCAGAUGUUCCCAUCUCUCAUGUGGUCCUACAUGGUCCCAUUUCUCAUGUGGUCCUGGGUGGUCCCAUCUCUCACGUGGUCAUGCACAGUUCCAUGAACUUUCCGUCUCUCCUUGGCGGGCUAUCAGAUUGAGUUAGUCGCAAGGUUGUGCCGUUUGUUGUCUGCAGUUUUUCAAUUUUGCACGAUGGCCGCCUGCCGCCUACCUCGUGGUCGUGUGACUUGUCCUCGACGUGAAGCUGAAGGUAUCCAUGCACCCUGUGCAGUCUACAUGCAUGCUAUCUACAAAGUAUAGCACACACUAUGUGCAUAGCAAGCUCAUGCAAAACCUAUUCUGGACCUCAUGGUCGUGUGACUUGUCCUCGACUUGAAGACGAAGGUAUCCAUUGUACCGUGCACAUUCUACAUGCAUGCUGUCCACAAAGUAUAGCACACGCUAUGUGCAUAGCAAGUUCAUGCAGAACCUCGUCCGGGCUAUGCGGGCUGGAAAUGGACAAUUAAUAGCAGGUAUAGUGAUGGCCAAUGUUAUAGUGUCCUCCUUUCGAAGAAGUUGGCGAGCUCUUUGCGCGCCCAUCUUUGCGAAUCUGCCUUGAGAAGUACUACUCUUCUUCCCUCUAAUACAACGUACGGUCAUUAUAGCUGUAUUUCGACUGAAAGAUGCCUCAGAUACGGCUAUACAAAGAAAUGACCUUACGUUCUAUUCGGGGGAAGAAGGUAGUGCAUGUGGAAACCCGGCACUGAGAAGGAAAUGGCAAAAUAGAGAAAGGAAAAGGAGGAAGAUGGCGGUGCACCAGUGUGAGAGCCCCUGAUUCAAGAGGUGAAAGGGAGUUCACUGCAGGUCAGGGGCACAGAAGUGAAGCUCCUCAAAGUUUGCGAGGACCCACCCGGAGUCUGCAAAAUAUCUGAUGAAAUCAUCUUCAAGUUUGCAGAGCACUUUGUUCCGCGAAUGCAGAUGUCAGCACACACACAGCCGGACUUGUGCGCCCGAUUCCAGCGGAAUCGAUGGCAGAUCCUGGAAGCUGGAAGAUGUUUGCAGGGGAGGUUAGGUAACCGUGUAGCACCCAAGGGUGCACAGAGGGGUUUGGUCAGACGGCGAGUUUGGACCGAUGACGACUUGAGGAGAAGCGAAGCGUUGUCGCUACCAUACCGGUACUCGAUGGUUCGUUGCGAAGACGUUGCACAAUCCAUCGACGUCAGCGCAACUGCCGAGGGAUGUGCCUUUGAGUGCUGCUGACAGAGCUCCUUGGAACUUGCAUCGUUGUGGGAGGAGGGGACAAAACCGCAGUCGAUAAGGAAUCGGCAGCAUCAGUCUGGUGGUUGAUGGAGCGGCACGAGUGACCCUCCGAAAUGUGGACGAGGAAGUGAAUGCGCUGGGUGGGGUGGUACGCGAGCCAUUCUGGGAACCCCGAGGGAUCUUUUUCCGAACACAUAAAUUCCCCUCAGCUUACCGCAGCAGCGCGUGGAGAUCGAUGGGGACGGGGAAUUGUAGUCUCUUGAAGAGAGGUGCAACCCCGAUUGUAUACUGAACUCCUAGUUUUUACUCUUAUAUGUGGUAUUCCAUUCUUGUUUGACUCUUGGAUUGAGAUCUACAGACUC